AUUAAUUAGGCUUAAUAAAUUCGUGUCACAGUUUACAGGCGGAAUCUAUAAUUUAUUUUGUUAUUAGUUUACAUUUAAUACUUCAAAUGUGUGUCCGUAUACUUCAAAAACUUUACACCCAAAGAACUAAACACACCCUUGGUUGCUGAGUUUCUUCGACGAUCUAAGCAAUUUCCAAAAUGGUCUUAUUCCCUUCACUGUUUAGUCUUGGGAUUUUGGAACACAGUCACACUGCAUUUUUGUACCAGCAUCACUCCAUAUUUUUAUUACUUUAUCCCAGCCAAACAUCCACUUUAUUUUCUUAUAUUCCAAAGGGGACAAACGAGGCAAAGGAAAAGAAAUAACAGCGCCGGCAGAGGGAAAUGAAAAGAAAAGGGGUAGUGGACGAGAGAGCAGGAGCAGUGGUGGCAAUGGCACCAAAGGCAAAGAAGGCCCCAAUUCCCAACCACCGCCACCUCCCUCCUCCUCAUCAAGCAUUCAGGCUCUCCUAUCCCAAAAUGCUUUGCUUUCCAAGCAAGCACACUCCCUCUCUGCUUUGGAGAUUAGCUCUCGUUUCUCUUAGUAGCAGCAGCUGGUGUGGCAGCAUCUCAUCUCAUGAUCUCUGAUUCUUCACGGCUGCUGCUCUCUUCCCAUCUCAUCUCACAUUUCCCAGGGCCACGAAAGAACUGGGUUGUACUGAAGUCCAAGCAGAGCCACCUACCUUCUCUUGCUUCUCUCAUCUCUUGCCACAAUUAUUGGACCGGAAAUUCAUGAAGAUCCUCUGCCGGUGCUAGAACAUGGCAGUCUGGGUAUGGCCUGAGCAGUAAAGAUUUGUUCAUCUUUGUUUAUUGGGAUUUCUUCUUUGUCACCUUCAUCCCUUUAGACUCUCCCCUUUAGACCUCUAGUGUUGCUGCUGUGCUUGUGUAUCCAUGGCGGCAAUGGCCUCUUCUCCCCCUACAACACCAAAUCUCGGUUCGCAGCCUACAUGGGUGCCCUAUGAGCCAACCAGGGAUUGCUCCCAGGGCCUCUGCAGCAUGUACUGCCCGCAGUGGUGCUACUUCAUCUUCCCGCCACCGCCGCCGGCCUUCGACAUCACCGGCUCCAGCUCCGACGACUCCUCCGGCCCAACCUUCUCGCCGCUCGUCAUCGCCAUCAUCGGGGUGCUCGCGAGCGCCUUCCUCCUCGUCAGCUACUACACCAUCAUAUCCAAGUACUGCGGCACCUUCAGCUCCCUCCGGAACAGACUCCUUGGCUCCAGCGCUCACCGCGGCAGCGGCGGCGGCGCCGACGGCGGAGACAAUUCCAGGAGCCAGGAGCCGUGGAGCGUCGCGCUGUCGGACGGGAUGGACGAGACGCUGAUCAACAAGAUCACAGUGUGCAAGUACAGGCGCGGCGACGGCUUCGUGGACAGCACGGACUGCUCCGUCUGCCUCGGCGAGUUCCGCGAAGGCGAGAGCCUCCGGCUGCUGCCCAAGUGCAGCCACGCCUUCCACGUCCCGUGCAUCGACACCUGGCUCAAGUCCCACUCCAACUGCCCGCUCUGCCGCUGCAACAUCGCGUUCGUCACCGUCGGGAUGGUCUCGCCGGAGCCGGAGGCCCGCGUUCCACGGGAGGAUAGGAGAGACAACCACGAGCUGGUCCUGACAAUUGACAACCCGGAGCAUGUGCGCGAGGAGCCACAGAACGUGGUGACCGGUGUCGCCGUCGGCAACGGCGGCCGCAACCACGAGGCGAAGGAUGGUCCGGGGAGGUCGGAAGAUGCAAAUGGCACAGCUGAGAUCAGAGAAGACGGCGCCUUGAUGCCGCCCACAAGGGCGCCGUCGUCGUUGUCAGACACGCACCGUGAAGGCCGGAUGUCCAUUGCCGAUGUCCUGCAGGCGAGCCUGGAAGACGAGCUGAUGGUGGCCAGGGAGAGCGGCCUCCUGGCAGGCUCUUCGGGGUCCUCAAGACGGUGUCACGGGGAGCACAGCAAGGACGGCGGCGGCCGCAGUGGCCGGGCAUUGCCGGACGGCGCGAAUAUGAAGAGAUUGGCGCCGGCCGGGAGAUCAUGCUUCAGCAGCAGGAGUGGCAGAGGAAAGGACUCCGUUCUUCCAAUGUGAGGCAACCAAGGUGGUUCUUUUGACAGGGAAACAUGACAAGAAACUUUUGUGUGUUCUUCCGGUGGAGAUCAAAUGAUCAAUGUGCCGGCUGCAUCUGCGAUGCGCGUAUGGGGAUUUCAUCCUGUUUUGAUCACUUCCCGUGAUGCCCACAUGCUGAAGAAAUCCUUCUCCUGCAAUGCAUGGUGAGUGGUGAGAUCUCCUACAUGUUUCUACUAGAUAACUGUAUAGGGUUUGAGAAGUUUUCCUUUUUCUUUCUUUCUUCCAUGUUGCCACCCCUCUCUAUACAAUUGGGAUCUGCUCCAGAGCAGCCUCUCUGGAUUAGUGAGUUAGGCAUUACUAGAUCAAAGACUCUCCAAGUGAGAAGUGUGACACUUUCAGUUCUUUUUCCACCUCCAUUUUUGUGUGCUUUUGCGUCUACCAUUUUAUCUUCCUAGGUGUCAUUGUGGCACAAUUUGGGGAUUGAAUGAGAACCGUGGCCAAUUCAGCUUGAUCCA